GUGACAAUACAACUACACUGUCAAGGUGACCGUGGGUGAGGCAGUGGUAUCAAAGUGUUCCUGUGCACUCCACUCGCUUCCAUUAUUAGCUCCACCGUUUGUAUGUCCAGCGAUAUUCUCCCAAGUUCUUGAAAAUACAAAUGAGACAGACAUUUAUGGGGAUGUGAUUGGUGUUAUCGUCACAUACAUUUAUAGAGACGAACAAUUCAUUGAAUGGAAAACAAUUAAUAAAUGCACCACGAUGUUGGUACGGGCAAGUUACGGCAACGUCGAUAUUCUUGUGCCAACGUGGGCGAGUGUCAGUGCUGCCAUCUCCCGGUCAUAUCUCGGCGCAAAGUUUGAACCUGAAAACUUCGCUCGCAAGACAUCGAAACACAUUGAGGAUGAAAUAGACGCCAUAUGGAAAAGCAAGUGUGCAAAGAAUGAUCGUCUGUAUAACGCAUCCAAAUUUCGACUGGCUGGGUGUGAGAUGAAGCAGGACAACUUAGUGCUGCAUCUCGGCCUGACUUGUUAUAAGGACCUUUGUGGAACCAACUUGUCAGAAAACUUUUCUUUACUUCAAGCCAAGGGGACGAAGGAUUUCUCUAACAAACAGGCGUAUAUGUCAGAUGUAUUGGGAGUUGGCCUUCUCGCUAUAACUUCCGAUGCCUGUCUGGUGGUGACUCGACGGGCACAGUGGACAGGAGAGUACCCCGGGGCACUCGACAGGCCCGGCGGACACCCAGAACCUAGUCAUAUAUUCCUGCCGGACGGGUCACUGAAGCCUGACUAUUCUCACUUGAAAACGGAAGAAACCGUAUUGCAGGAGGUGUGGGGAUCAGCAAAGCAGGAGGCCGUGGACGAGCUAGGAAUAAGUGAGGCCAACAUUGGAGAGGUCUCAUUAAUGGGCGUCACCCUGAACACAGAGGCUGGAGGGAGACCGUCGCUUGAGUUUUAUGCCAAGUUGGGCGUGAGCAGCGAACACGUGACCACGACGUACAAGCUGGGCAUUCAGGCUGAGGUGGAGGAGAGCAGCUCGGUGCACCUUUUGCGACCCCAGACACUCGCUCAGCUCCCUUGUCUGCUUCAGUCCCACUCAUUUAUAGAAGGUGCUGCGAGAUCCCCAGAUGACAAGGAUGAACCCGAAGAAGAUAUUCACCUUCAGGAAGCUCGCUGGCUCUUGCAAGAAGCUACACCCGCUUUAAGGGCUGCUCUGUUGCUGGCCGUGAACACUCGCCUCCUGCCACUUUCCCUCUGAUGAGAAGAAUGAAAGGAUGGAAAGUAAUUUUUCGAUGUGGAAUGUCCCCUUCAGUAGACGCAGUGCAUAUGACGUGAUUGCGUAAUCAGUAUCAAUGACGUGAUCUUAUAACAUGGUGUUUGUGUUGUACGGUACAUAUAACAUUAUAAUUUCGGGGUUAUUA